AGUGCUGAUGUCUGCCCAGCCCCCAAGAAAGCCAAAGUUGUUGAUAUAGAGAAUGCUUUAAGACCCAUAUCACUUACCUCACCAGCAGCGAAAGUCUAUGAGAUUCAUCUUAACUCACUACUACUUGAUCAUGUUGGCUCCAAAUUGAAUGAUCGCCAUUUCGGAUCUGUUAAAGGUUCGUCCACAACCUGUGCAUUGGUGGAUCUCAUGAACUUUCUAUAUUCCAAUACCGACAACCCAAACGAUGCAAUAAGACUCUGUUUUUAUGACUUGAGUAAAAGCAUUGAUAGAGUGGAUCACAACAUCUUACUGGAUAUCCUGAGAGAUAUGGAUGUUCAUCCUGUUGUAAUUCAGAGUAUUCGUAGUUUUUUUGACAGGAAGGCACCAAAGA